AUGAACAUUGAUGCAAGCCAAGAACUCGGCAACGAUGCGAAAAGAGUCAAGUCCAUCUAUCAGCAUUCUUCUACACAUACUUCAAUCAUUGAACAACUAUUAAAUGCUCGACAUGACAUACACAUCUCACAAGCCAGAGGAUUGUGCUCCCGUGUAUACAAGAUCCCAUCUGGGCUAAUACGCCGCAACACACAACAAGAUGAACAACAGCUGUGCAUCAAGAGAGUAGAUGAAGAUGAUCAAUAUGCUCCUCAUGCUGUUGCAAGAGAAGUUUUGGCGUAUUCAAUCAUAGGCAGUGCAAGUAGGACAGAGGGUGCAGAUUGUAUCAUGAAUCUCGUAGCAGCAUUCAAAGAUGAGAGUGAUGAUUUUACCACUCUGUAUGAUCUUGUGAUGCCUUGGUAUCCGUGCACACUGCAAGACUUGCUAGACGAGCCGCAUUUCCAAAUCAGUCAAACUGCAAACGGAUCAAGUUCAGAGGCAGAUGAAGAGCAGAGACCCGCUCUACAAAUAGCGAAAAGCAUCAUUGAUCCGGUAGCAUUCAUUCAAAAGGUUACAUCGCAACUCUUUUCUGCACUUUGCUUCCUGCACGCCAACGGAAUAGCACAUAGGGAUGUGAAACCGACAAACAUCUUACUCAAAACAGUCGGAACGAACGACAUCCAAUUGAUCGAUUUCGGUACUUGUUUCUUAUCUCAGAAUCGAUACACGCCUGGCGAUGACGGAAAAGGUGGAUUGGCAAGUGAAGUUGGAACAAGUGCAUAUCGGGCACCCGAAUGCCUGCUUUCACCAUUGAAUGGCUAUGAUCCCUACAAAGUCGAUAUAUGGCAAGCAGGUGUUACAUUGGCAGAAUUCUUCCUUCCGCUCAAGGAUUUGAAUGAGGAGAAAGAAGAAGCCCUGUCAGAAGAGGAAGACAACAUCAGUAGACCUGACGAGCGACUGGACUGGGAGCGUGCAUUGUGGUCAAAAGAUGAUGGAAAGGGAUGGACAGACUUGCAUGAACGAUUCGACAAAAUACAAGGACAUUCAGAAGACUUCUUCAGUGUAAUAGACGAUCCGCAGCCUAAAGUGCAAAAACAGCAAAAUCAAUCGAGCUUCACCAGACAGACACUAUUUGAAGGAAGCAGAGGAGAUUUGGGUUUGGCAAAUUCAAUCUUUGACAUUUUGGGCUUGCCAAAUGGCGAUGCACAAGGUGAAGCAGAAUGGCCUGAAGCGGUUCACUUUCAACCAUCGCUGUCAAGACUGCCUUUCAAAAGACGGCUGCCAAGAGAAGGAGGGCUGAAAGGGUAUCUCACAGACUUUGUAUCAGAAGAGAUCGCAAAGCCGCUCAGUAGGGUGCUGGGCGUAUUACAAGAGAGCAUACGACUUUCAGCAAGAAGCAGAAUAGAUGCGGCAAAAGCAGUAGAACAACUUUCCAAGUAA